UUGACUUGAAUUGUGCGAGUACCAGCACAGCACAAUCGGACGUUUGAAUGGUGAAGCGGCGAGCACAAUGUUGAGGAUCCUGCUUCUAGUUCUGUGCAUUGGCAGCUUAGAGGCCUGGUUCUGGAGCUAUGAUGAGGAGACAACCACCCAGCCCCCAACAAGUGUCGCCACAACACCCGGUGGCACAAAGAAGGUGAAAGAGGAGGAGGAAGGUUUGUCAGGGGUUGGAGAAGAAAUCAUCAACGUGGCCAGUGGAAUUCGGAACUUGGUAAAGACAUGGGACGCCACCACGAGCCCGGGAACUACCCAAGGUUCCCCGAUGGUGGAGAGCGCUGACCCUAACAUGACGGGUAAUAUUAGCGUGCUCGGAGGGGGGAAAGGGGUGGAAGGGUCUGGAGUUGGGGAAAAUGAUGCAUCUGGAUCAGGAUCGGGGUCAGAGGUAGAAUCGGGCAACAUGCUUCCAAGUAACAUAACCGAUGCAAACAACGAGACUCAGGUUGGCGGUUCCGAUCCACUUUGUCUCCGUGUGCCGUCUAAUUGGCGCCUAUGCUCCAGAAAACGCCCACAGUUCUUCACCUUGCCUAAUUUCUUCAACCACACAUCUGUGAAGCAGGUGGGGGUGGCCGUGCGAGAGUGGGCGCGGCUGACCCCAAAGGGCUGUCACCAACUUGCAGAAUGGUUCCUGUGCCUCCUGCUGGUGCCCGAGUGCCCCUUGCCCACCUCUGCGCCUUUACGUCUUCCCUGUCGUAGCUUUUGCCACCAAGUGCGGGACAGCUGCUGGGUGUCGUUGGACAGUGCACGGCUUCCGGUGGAUUGUGGCCUCCUCCCCGUUGAGCCGCAAGAACCCGGGCGUCCUUCAUGUGUGUCUGUUAGUUACUCGAAAGAGCAGAGCAGUUUGUCUCUGCUCCAGCUUAUCGGAGAUCCACCACCCAAAGAGAUUGGUCGUGUCAUCGGGCCCGGCGACACCCCUGCAUACGUCUUCACCUCUACGGCAGUUUCGGGCCAACCGGCAUUGGCCCACGUCCCCAACCCUUUCUACCGCCACUUCUCCCUCUUCUUUAAUGUCAAGCCGUCCACCUCUGCUGCCUCCGUCCUCUUCUCCAUCACUGACGGGCCACAGAGGCUUAUGUACGUGGCAGUCAAGCUCAGCGCCGUGCAGUCGGGCCGUCAGGAGGUGCAGCUUUUUUACACAGAGCCAGAUUCGGAGGUGUCGUACGAGGCCGCCAGCUUCGAUGUGCCAAGUCUAGUGGGCAAAUGGAGCCGUUUCUCGCUGUCCGUCUAUGAGGACCUGGUGACCUUUUACCAGGAUUGCGACUCAGCGCCCCGGAUGGUGAACUUCGAGCGCUCACCGGAUCCCAUGGAACUUGACACAGGGGCUGGGAUCUUUGUUGCACAAGCCGGGGGGGCCGACCCGGCAAAAUUUCAGGGUGAAAUCGCUGAUCUCAGGCUGGUGGGAAACUCUCGGGCUGCCGAGCGCUUGUGUGAUGACAUUGACGAUGAUUCUGACGUUGCCUCGGGCGACUUUGGCAGCGGGGAAGGCAGCAGGAGGCAGACGGAAGGAAAAGUGGACACUACACCUGCACCCUUCAGGCCUGUGCCUGAGCCCCCACUUAUUAGCUCAAAUGGAAGCAGACAGAGAGAAACAGGUUUAAGUGGAGCUAAAGGACAGAAAGGAGAUAGAGGAGAGAAAGGCACCGUUUUAGGUUUAAGUGGAGCUAAAGGACAGAAAGGAGAUAGAGGAGAGAAAGGCACCAGAGGUGACCGAGGCCAAGCAGGGCCAAAAGGAGACCCCGGUUUUGGCUCCAUCUCACAAGCUGGAGGUGGCGGACAGAAGGGAGAGAAGGGAGAUAAGGGCAGUACAACCUUUGGAAGUAAGGGAGAACGUGGUCCACAGGGUCCACCGGGACCCCCUGGGCCUCCAGGAGCUGCGGCCGAAGUGGUCCAAAAGGGGGAUGGUUCAUUGACGCGGCAAGUAGCCGGACCCCCGGGAUCUCCAGGCAGAGAUGGGUUUCCUGGUCUCCCUGGACAGCCUGGAAACCCAGGAGAGGAUGGGAAAGCUGGUCCUCCAGGGCCGCAAGGUUUUCCAGGAACUCCUGGAAAUCCUGGUGCUCGAGGACAAAAGGGUGAGCGAGGCGAAGGAUUACCUGGACCCAGAGGUCCUCCAGGGCUUCCUGGACCUCCUGGACCAGGAACUGGAAAUCGACCGACUUUUGUAGACAUGGAGGGCUCAGGAUACUCCGAUUGGGAGAAAAUCCAGGGUCCUCCAGGCCCCCCAGGCCCCCCAGGUCCACCUGGAGUCCCUGGUACAUCAGUUGCACUCGGAGAUAAUGGACCAGUUGCCUUUGGGCCUCCUGGACCACCUGGAAGACACGGAAUUCCGGGUGUAACAGGUCCUCCUGGGCCUCCUGGUCGACCAGGUCAACCUGGACUCAGAGGAGAAAAGGGGGACUGUGGUGAGCUGAACUCGCAGGGAGGAAGUGGAGAAAAGGGUUCUCGUGGUGAACCUGGACUGCCGGGAAGUCCAGGACAGACUGGCCUCGCCGGGCUUCCCGGGCCUAUGGGCCCUGCUGGACCUCCAGGACGACCAGGGCCACCUGGGCCAUCUUACCCCUUUAACUUUAAUGAUCGGGAUGGCUUUGAAACAAAUGGUGGCUUGCCAGGACCUCAGGGUCCUCCAGGUAUUGCAGGUCUGCCGGGCCGACCAGGCUUACCCGGAACUGAUGGCGACAAAGGAGCAGAGGGACCAAGAGGUCCAUCUGGCAUUCCAGGUCUGGAUGGCUUUCCUGGACUGGCUGGACAGAAAGGAGAUAGAGGGGAGAAGGGUGAACAAGGCCUACCAGGGCGUGACGGAGGGCAGCCCGGACCACCAGGGCCUCCGGGACCUCCAGGGCGGAUCAUUUAUCCGAAUGGUGAUUAUGACAACCAUUAUUGGACUGAAGGGUUGCAGAGGGGAGCUGGAAUUCCAGGCCAAGCUGGAUUUCCCGGGCCUAUAGGACCAAAGGGGGAAAAAGGGGAAACCGGUCUGCCAGGGUUUGCCCCUAAGGGUCAAAAAGGAGAGCCGGGUGUCAUUAUGGGUCCAGAUGGGCAACCGCGGUACCUCGGAGGCCUGACAGGGAGACCGGGAGAUAUAGGACCUCCGGGCCCAGUUGGACCUCCAGGCUCUUAUGGUCCUCAAGGUCAAAAGGGAGAAAUUGGACUUCCAGGUAGACCAGGUCGACCAGGACUGAAUGGUAUCCAGGGACAAAAAGGAGAGCCAGGUGGCGGUUCUGGAUCCACAUACUACGGUCCCCCAGGUCCACCAGGCCCACCUGGACCUCCUGGACCACCAUUUAGCGGAUAUGAUGCUUAUUCCAGGUAUAAUCAAGCUUCUAAAGGAGAGAAAGGUGACCCUGGAACACCAGGCCUACCUGGCCUGUCAGGUGUUGGGUCAGACUUUGACAUUUAUGCCUUUAAGAAUGAGUUGAGGGGUGAAACGGGAGAACAGGGCUUGAAAGGAGAGAAAGGAGAACCAGGUGGGGGAUAUUAUGACUCACGAAGCAGAGGAAGUGGAGUUGGCGUGCCGGGACUUCCUGGACCUCCCGGCCCCAGAGGGGAUUCCAUUACUGGCCCACCAGGUCCCCAAGGCCCACCUGGUCCACCAGGAAGAGGCUAUGAUGGUCAACCUGGACCACCAGGGCCACCUGGACCCCCUGGUAUCCCUUCCUUCCCUGGGCCUCACAGGGGCACACAUACUAUCAGUAUUCCUGGACCACCAGGGCCACCUGGAGCACCUGGAUCCCCAGGACACUCUUCAGGGGUGACCGUGUUGCAAUCCUAUGACAUCAUGACCGCUACUGCUAGAAGACAACCUGAGGGCUCGCUAGUCUACAUCAUAGACCGGACAGAUCUUUACCUAAGAGUUAGGGACGGGGUUCGACAAGUACAGCUUGGGGGCUAUAUUCCAUUGCCAAGAGAAGUUGCUAAUGAGGUUGCAGCAGUGGAGCCUCCACCAGUCGUUCCAUACCGUCCACACCACAACAACGACUCUCACGGACAAGCGGAGAGGCCAGACCAAGUUAAUCCGGACCACUAUGCCCAACCUGACCGACAUCACACGAGCCAGCUCUACCCUCCAUACCAAACAAACACUGAUGGAAGACACCAAAGCCCACCUGAUCCCAGAUACCAUCCUGACACUAGACAUACAGCUCAGCCAGAUCCACGAUACCCGUCCCCAACAGACCCCAGAUACCCUAGUUAUACUGACCGGGUGAAUUACCCAGAUGGUCGUUAUCCGGUCCACCCAGCACACGAACACCCACCUUACUACGCUGUCACCCCUCAACGAAGGCCCCCUAGACCUGUGGCCGAAACUCCAGCUCACCGUCACACAUCAGGUCCAGGGCUCCACAUUAUCGCCUUGAACCAACCUCAGACAGGAUCCAUCCGGGGCAUCCGGGGUGCCGACUUCCUGUGCUUCACGCAGGCUCAAAGCAUCGGAAUGAAGGGAACGUUCCGGGCUUUCUUGUCCUCAAAACUCCAAGAUCUCCAAAGCAUUGUCCGCAAAGCUGACAGAGAACAUAUGCCAAUGGUCAACCUGAAGGAUGAGGUUUUAUUUGACAACUGGGAUUCCAUCUUUAAUGGUGGCACAAUCAAGGAGAAUGUCCCUAUAUACUCCUUUGAUGGGAAAGAUGUUCUUCGUGAUAGCACAUGGCCUGACAAGAUGUUGUGGCAUGGCUCCACAUCAAAUGGUCAGCGGCAGGUUGACGGUUUCUGUGACUCGUGGCGAAUGAGCAGCCACGUACUCACCGGCAAGGCGUCCCCGCUGCAGAGCGGCAGUCUUCUCCAGCAGACUUCCAGCAGCUGCUCCAGUUCCUACGUUGUGCUGUGUGUGGAGAACAGCUAUAUUGGCCAUAGCAGGAGAUAAACCCUCACGUGCAAUUGAGGGAAAAUUCAAGCGCUUUCAGCACCUUGCUCAACACAAGUGAAAUCCCACCAUCAGAAACCGGUUUGGGACUAUAAACAUUGCUCACUUAUUUCCCAGCAUUUUUUUUUUUACAUUGUAAGUAUUUUAGACGGUGCUACCCAAAAAUUUCGUAAGUGUGAAACGACAGUUUCAUGUGGUUCCAAUGAAGAUUUAAAUGUCCAGCUGUGGAAAUAAUUGAGGCCACUGCAGAAUAAUCAGAUAAUCAGUUCUGCUACAGGUAUAAAUGUGGGUGAAAUGUACGAUAUGUUUAACGACUGACUACAAACAACAGAACAGAAUCUGAGCAUCAGCAGAAUCUUUUUUUUUUUUUUUUUUUAAACAGAAUAAACUGUCACCAAAAAAAUCCAGUGUACUAUUGGUCUCAUAUUUUUUCCAGAGCUGGACAAGAAAGGAAUUGGAUGGAAGAAUAAGUAUCUAAACAAUGCAAUCAAUAUGUAUGACACGGCAGUUGAGAAAAGAAACAUACUGUAUGCAAUAACAGAGCUUUCUUUGUACUUUUAUUUUUUUAUAUGUGUGCCUUUCCUUUUUUUUUUGUUUUUGUUUUUUUGUUUGUCUUUUUAUACAAAAAAAAUAUCCAAACGUUAGGUUCAGACAUUAGCCAGGAUGACUUGAUUCAAGUUUGUGCACAUUGAAAAAAAUGUAAACACACUUGAUAGCAUCUCUCUUGUGUUAUGGGAGCAGUAAAUACACUGCAUUUAGCCAAACAUUAUAACCUUGGUCACAUACCCUUGUGAUUACUGCCCACUUGCACAUGGACAAACAGCAAAUGUUUGUGAUAUUUAGUUAACCAUUCUGAUCUAGAUUUUGAAAUUGAGUGUAUUAGGGCGGUCAUCAUGAAAGUGUUUGGCAGGGGAACUAACUGCUCAUGACAAAUAUUCUCUAAUAUGCCAUCAAACAACAUUCUUGGUACUAUUACUUAAUUGGAGACCAUUUAGGGUUAAUGCAAUUAAAUAAAAGGAAAAAUUUGAACUAUUGCGCGACCUCUUCUGCUUCAUAAUGA